AUGUCUUUGGAACCCACAGCCAAAGUGGUGGUGCAGACCACAAAAGGCGAAAUCCACAUGGAGAUCUUUGCCAAAGAAACCGCCACAUUCCUGAAACCCUUCCUACAAAACUGUCUAGAUAACAAGUACAAGGGCAUCCCGUUCGGUAAGGUGCUUCCGUAUCUAGUACAGACAGACGGCAAUGGCGAAGGUACAAAGUUCAAAAAGCGGUAUCAUCUGAGACUCAAGUUCAGCAUGAAGGGCUGUGUUGGUUUGGUGAACUCUGCAGACUCGAAAAGUGCCUCUGUGGAUGGCUUCUUCAUCACCUCCAAAGAGGCUCCAGAGCUCAAUGAACACUUUGUGAUGAUUGGACGAGUCAUUGGCGACUCCAUCUAUAACGUGAUCAAGAUGUCACAAAAUGAUAUGAAAGAAGACGGUGAAACGCCGGUGCAUCCUGUUGUGAUUGAGGAGACGAGGGUAAUCGAGAAGUACUUUGAUGAUAUCGAGGCUUCCAAGAAGGAGGAGGCUGCUGAGCCUAAAAAGAAGAAGAGAAAGGCUGUCAAGCUAGAUUAUGGCGAGGACGAAGAGGACACUGGCUUCAAGAUGCGUUCAGCACAUGAGACAUUGGACGAUAAGCGUUUGGGUAAGGGGAAGCAGGACAGUGGAAAGCCGGACAAUAAUGAGGAAGAGAAGGAGGAGGCGGAGGGAAAAAAGGAAGAGGCUAAAGGAGAAGUGAGGCAUGAGAAUGGAGAGAAUAGGGUUAACGGCCUGAAAGAGGUCGACCAAGUUGAAGGCAAUAAAGAGAACCACGAGGAAAUACGAAAACCUUCAACUGAUGUUUCACGCAAGUCGGACCUGCCCAAGCUGGAUAUCGUCAACAUCGAGCUUGCAACCAGAAAAGCAGAGUCCGGUGUGCCUCCUGCUAAGCCAGAAAGGGACCCUGACAUUGAUCCUCCGUACGACUCUGAUCUUGAUCUUCCAGACGACACGAUAGAAUACGAAGAUCUCUGCAAGCAUAAGUUUAUGUGCUGA